CUCACUGUUUCGCAUGCAUUUAUUGGCGCCGCUUAUUGAGUGCUGUUUUGUGUAGUAUUUGAUGUAUUGUAGGCUUUGGUAGUGCUUUGGCAGUGAUAUCACCUUAUAUUGUAUGUACUAUCGUAUUGUGUAGUACUGUAUGCACUGUAUAUGCUGUAUAUGUGUGUUAUAUAUAUGUAUUAACUGUUUGUGUGACACCAGAAAAAAAUAAAAACAUAAAUAAACAGUGAAAGCGAUCUCUAAAAGUUUGUUUGGAGCUAACGGUGACCACUAUCUGGACGCGACUACGGCAACAACGGGCUAAAUCGGUGGCCACAAACAACUAUGGAAUAUGCUGACUAUCACCAGGCAAUGGCUCAACACGCGGCCUCCCUGGCCAACAGCAACCAAUUGCAUCCAACCAUUGGACAACUGCAGAUGCAACAGAUGCUAUCUUCGGGACUCAAUUUAACAGUCAGUUCAGCUCCUAUUCUGAACCAGAAUACGGUUCAUGUUAUGUCGGGCGGCCUGACAAACAACAACACAAGYCAGCAUCACCURACUGGUCACACCGGCCAUCAUGUAAUGUAUGCUAACGUACAACAAGCAGGUGGUGGCGGCGGCGGAGGAGGAGGUGCACAACAUGGAGGAGGAGGAGGCGGCGGCGGCGGAGGYCACAGUCAUGGAAGUCAUAAAAAACAAAAGAAACCCAAAGUUAAUAAAGACGGUGUACCGGCUCCUAAACGAGCCACCACUGCAUACAUUAAUUUCACCCAAUGGUAUCGGGAGGAGCUCAAGAARUCCGGUCGACCCAUACCUAAGAUUGGAGACUUUGGUAAAGAGUGCGCCGGAAAGUGGAAUGCAAUGGUCGAAGAAGAGAAAAARCCGUUCCUCGAGACCGCCGCCCGCGAUAGGGACCGAUACAAGAGAGAAAUGGCUGUCUUUAAACCGGCCAGAGAUGCAAAUAAGCCAAAACGGCCGGGCACUGCAUUUAUGCUAUUUAUGGGUGAUUUUAGGAAAGAAAUGGCCGGUAAAGAGCCUGAGGGUGGAGUGGCAGCGCUUGCAAAGCUUGGAGGGGAGCGAUGGAGAGGAAUGAAUGAAGAGGACAAACGGCCGUACGUCGAGAAACAGAAUGAAGAGAAGAUCAGAUAUGAGGCCUCAAUGGAGGACUACCGCAGAAAAAAGGCACAGCAGCCUAAGGGGAAGGGAGCACCGCCGGCGGUAGCAAUGGGAGGGCCGUCACCAAAACAGGCCCGACUCUCGACAGAGGGCUCAGAGAAUGAAGAGAAUGAUGACUCGAAUUCACUACAAGAGAGUCUGGCCAGACCUGCACAACACCAACAGACCUCAAAUAUGAUAGCAAACCAAAACAAGUCGACGCCAUCACCCGCUUCCUCAUCACCGCCGGCUACCCAAACAAACAAUGCACAACAAACGACACAAUUGAUGACCGGCUAUUCGCAGCAUUCAUUUAACGCAAAUUUCGCUCAUCCAUCAGCUACAGGUGUGGCCACCAAUUAUAACCAGGCCCAUGGUAAUAUGCCGGCUAAUGCCACCUCAUAUUUACCAACCGGUGCCGGCGGCGCAUACUCUCAACUCCAGGGACCCUAUCAGUGGAAUUGAGUUGAUUUCUGUGAUGAAUCGUCACAUUCUCUGACACAUCCAUUCUCUCGACUCUCUGUCGAACUAUUUGUUUGUUUCCAUAAUUUCAUUGGUCCUCUCAUCACACUUUCGCUCUUAAUCUAUGCUAUCAUUAAUUUUUUUUGCAAACGGACUGAACUCAUAAAUUUAUUAAUUACUAUUGUCGGGCAUAUUAUGAUUAUUAGCCAAAUAUAUAUACAUUCAAUACUAUAUUGACGGCCCAAAUGAUUAAGUGUUUGUAGUCUGUCCUCCACUUCUUACUACUACUUGAUUACUCAUUUAACAGCCAUUUAUAAAACAAUUAGCAUUUUGUCAUUAAUUUGACAAUUCAUUGAUUUCAUGUUAACAUCACAAACAGUGAUACCUCUUUCCCUACUUUAUCUCUAUUUCCUCUAUCGUUAUCUCAUUGUUCCACAAAAACAACAUUACAUUUAUAUUUCAUUAACAAACCUUUUAUACACGACAUGAAAUUAUUAUUUUUGUUUGGUUUUUAUAUAUAUUUAAAUUAAU